UUUCAAAAAUUUGCUUUUUAUAUCGAGCAAUAUUUUCGAUAAAGCUAUCGAUAAAAUAUCAACAAUCCUAGAAAAAACAAGGCGCGCAAUCUUCUUGACAUACAUUUUUGUGGACACUGAAAAAUAUCUGCUUUGGGCGAUACUUUAGUUCAAAAUGAGUGGGUUUUCCGGUAAACGAAAAUAUCCAGCGAACGGCAAUAUUGCAAGAAAUGGUCAAGCAGCAGGAGGAAAACAGCAAAAACAAUGGAACGAUGAAGAGGAUGAUGACUUCGAUGGCAUGGAUGCUGAUAUAGCGGGUGACGCCUUUGGUGAAGAUGUAGAUCCAAGCAUCUUAGUAGGCGAAGGGCCAGAAAAUCAACAAACCUCCGUGAAAUGGUCUCGUGUUGAUCCACCUAAAUUAGACCCUUCUUCCGAUGAAUUAGUAUUUCAGCAGAUUGACAUUGAAAAUUAUUUGGGCGAACCUUUGCCAGGCAUGCCCGGAGCGCAAAUUGGACCAGUACCAAUAAUUCGUAUGUUUGGUAUUACUAUGGAGGGCAACUCAGUGUGUUGCCAUGUGCAUGGUUUUUGUCCAUAUUUCUACAUUGCCGCACCUCGCAGUUUCGAACGUAAUCAUUGCCAUGCUUUGCGUGAAGCUUUAGACAAAAAGGUGCUGGCCGAUAUGCGCAGUAACAAGAAUAACGUGCAGGAAGCUGUGUUAAAAGUUGAGCUUGUAGAACGUCUAAACAUUUUUGGUUAUCAAGGCGAUGCGCUGCAGCGUUAUAUAAAGAUAACAGUAACAAUGCCUAAAUUGGUGGCAGCAUCUGUGCGUCUACUUUCCAAUCAGAUAGUGUUGUCUGACUUUGAUUUUCAGGAUUGCCGUGCCUUCGAGAGCAAUAUCGAUUUUGAUAUACGAUUUAUGGUAGACACACAUGUAGUGGGUUGCAACUGGAUUGAGCUACCUGCAGGGGCUUGGCGUAUUCGGGAUAAAAAUUCAAAACCUUUACCUGAGUCACGUUGCCAAAUCGAAGUAGAUGUGGCAUAUGACAAGUUCGUAUCACAUGACCCCGAAGGAGAAUGGGCAAAAGUGGCACCUUUUCGCAUUCUCUCUUUUGACAUUGAGUGCGCUGGUCGCAAAGGUAUUUUUCCCGAAGCCAAAAUGGAUCCAGUUAUACAGAUUGCAAACAUGGUAAUACGGCAGGGCGACCCAGAGCCGUUUAUAAGAAACGUGUUUACCUUGAACAAAUGUGCGCCCAUCGUUGGUUCCGAUGUUCGUUGUUUUCCCAAAGAGACUGAACUACUAGAUGCCUGGUCGAGUUUUGUGCGGGAAAUUGACCCGGAUAUAUUAACAGGCUAUAAUAUAAAUAAUUUUGAUAUACCUUAUCUUUUAAAUCGAGCUGCUCAUUUAAAGGUGAAAAACUUUGAAUAU